AUUUAAGAACAUACACAUCGAUUAUUGCUUUUCUUCUCCAUACGAGCGAUGUAUACAAACCUCAGCUAAAAUAUUAGAAGGCCGCUCAAAUUGCUUAAUAAAUGUUGAACCUGGUUUUUUGGAGGCCGGUUUUUUAGUUAGGGAGUCUGGAGAGAAGCGGCCGACGUAUGAAAAAGAUAAAGAAUUGGCUGCAAGAUAUCCGAAUAUCAAUUUACGCUAUAAGCCGUUAUAUCUUUCACCAGCAGAGGAAGAGGUUUGGUUUUUUCAAGUUUUUGAUUAG